CCACCCAGACAUCACUGUCCUCGACGCCUCACCACACACCAGACAUGAAGCUCGUAGUCCUCGCCUGCCUGGCCGCCAUGGCUGUCGCCGCCCCUCAGUUCGAUAACCCGUCCCCCGUGUUGAUCCUCCGUGACGACCGUCAGGACAACGGUGACGGCAACUUCCAAUAUGCCUUCGAGGCCGACAACGGCAUCGCCGUGGAAGCCUCCGGCACCCCUGGUUCAGCUGGCCAGAGCAACAUGCAGGGCUCUAUCAGGUUCUUCUACCCUGACGGCACCCAAGAAGACCUCCGCUUCACCGCUGACGAAUUCGGCUACCAGCCCCAGUCAGCCCUGUUGCCCACGCCCCACCCACUCCCUGCCCACGCCCUAGAGCAGCUCCGCAUCGCCGAGGAGCAGCGUGCUACCGGCAUCACCUUUGAUCAACGUGGGUUCAGAGUGAACAGAAAGUAAACGCAUUAUGAGGUUCACUGUUUCCCUCACCCACUCAUCGACCUCACUACUGGGCAGAUCAGCGUCUGAAGAACAGCGUCACUCCGCCAUUAUCUCCAAACAUGACGAGGACGUCCGACCUACUCCGACACAAUCACCUUCACUCAUUAUUACUCCAGUGUUCUGUGUUGGAGAACACAACGUGUAUAAUACAUUAUCAUUCACUCUAAUAAAGUUGGAUAAUUAA